AUGUCGGGCUUCGAUGACAACCCGUUUGGCGAUCCCUUCGCGGAUCCGUCCAUCACUUCGGCAACCAAUAGACCCGCAGUUAACGGCGAUUCAGGUCUUGAGGAUUACAAUCCAUUCGCUAACCAAACGACUAAACCAACAAAUUCAAUCAGAGGCGCGACAAACCCUCCGAUCACGAGUCAGGAGCCGGCGGUCAUCAACACGUCUACAUUGGGUGCGCAAAACAAGUCUUAUGUCUCGCCUCCCGCUUACACGCCUUCGGCCGCAACCACUAUAACUGUGGACGAAAUUCAACGACAAAAAGAAGAAUUGGAUCGAAAAGAGGCGGAACUCGCGGCCAGAGAGGAGAGACUCCGUAUGGAAGGCAUAGGCAUGAGAAAGGAGAACAAUUGGCCGCCACUUCCGGCCUUCUGUCCAUUGACGCCAUGUUUUUAUCAGGACAUUAAUGUCGAGAUUCCCGUUGAGUUCCAGAGAAUGGUUCGACACGUUUACUACCUCUGGAUGUUUUACGUCGGCGUUCUGUUUGUCAACCUAUUGGGAGGAUUGGCGGCUAUGAUUGAAGACAUCGAAGGCGGCGGAGGAAUAUUUGCCUUCUCUUUGGUUUGUCUUAUAAUAUUUACGCCGCUUUCGUUUGUCUGUUGGUUUAGACCCCUCUAUAAGGCUUUCAGAAACGACAGUUCAUUCAAUUUUAUGGUUUUCUUCUUUGUAUUCUUCUGUCAAUUGGUUUUUGCUAUCAUUUGUGCGAUCGGUAUUCCAGGCAUGGGUUCAGUUGGCUUAAUUGUAGCGAUUAAGUGGACUUCUGGUAAUCAUAUCUUCUUCAGUAUAUUCAUAUUCUUGUGUGCAAUAGUGACGGCCAGCUAUGCUUUGGCCUCAUUCUUG